GGAAGUCGCCGCAAGGUAAUAUUUCAGCUGGGACACAGAGCGGAGCCUGGGAGUCAGGUAGAGAGCCGGUCGCUUCCUGCGCGCGCCCGACCAUCAGCGGAGGUGCUCGUGCACGCGGUCGGGUCUCCUCGCAGCUGGAGCCGGGCAGCGUUCCAGAUGGCUGAUUGCACUUUUAUCGAGGAAGCCGAGCCUGACAGGAACAAGGAAGGGUUGGAUUGGGGGUAUGAAGAAGGAGUGGAAUGGGGAUUGUUGUUCCCUGCAGCUAAUGGAGUGUAUCAAUCUCCGAUAAAUUUGAACUCCAGGGAGGCAAAGUAUGACCCUUCGCUACUGGACGUACGUUUAUCCUCAAAUUAUGUGGUCUGUCGUGAUUCUGAAGUAAUUAAUGAUGGUCACACCAUUCGGAUAUUACUGAAAUCCAAAUCAGUUUUGACUGGCGGUCCAUUGCUUGGAAAUCAUGAAUAUGAAUUGCAUGAAGUUCGAUUUCACUGGGGUAAAGAGAACCAGCGUGGUUCUGAGCAUACGGUUAAUUUUAAAGCAUUUCCUAUGGAGCUUCAUCUUAUCCAUUGGAACUCAACUUUGUUCAAUAGCAUUGAUGAGGCCAUGGGGAAGAAAAAUGGAAUCGCGAUCAUUGCUUUGUUUGUUCAGAUUGGAAAGGAGCACGUGGGUCUAAAGGUAGUCACGGAAAUCCUUCAGGAAAUUCAAUACAAGGGAAAAUUGAAAACCAUUCCUUGUUUUAAUCCUAAUACACUACUUCCUGAUCCGCUCCUGAGAGACUACUGGGUAUAUGAAGGAUCUCUGACCAUUCCACCAUGCAGUGAAAAUGUGACCUGGAUACUAUUCCGAUACCCUUUAACAAUCUCUCAGUUACAGAUAGAAGAGUUUAGAAGGGUCCGUUCCCACAUAAAGGGAGCAGAACUACCUGAAGGAUGUGAUGGGAUUUUAGGAGACAACUUUAGGCCAACCCAGCCUCUCAGUGACCGAAUCAUCAGAGCUGCAUUCCAAUAAGAAACAGCAAUAAUAACCUGAGUCAGCUUCAGGGUGAAGACAAUGAGCCCACAGUAUCCCACUAUAUGAGAAAUGGAUCUUUCUGAAGCUGCUGCCCCUUCAAAAUACAAAGCAUGUUUUGUGUUGCCUUCUAUAAUUAAUGCAGUCUUGAAAAGCAGCUGUGGCAGUUGGCUUGUUCUCAUAGUCCUGUUAAAUAUUUGCAAAAAAAAGCUGAUGCGCAAGAACAAGGGCCCAUUUUUGGUGCCCCGAGCUUCAUAUAAUUGUUUUUGUAGACUGGUUAUGCAUUUGGCUUUUGUAAAUAGUUGUUUGUAAAUGUGCAAAAAUUCUGUAAUGUAUUUAAUAUCAUUUAAUGGUGAUAUACUUUUCUGAAGUUCCUUAUGAGCUUGACAUGUGAGAUACUUGUUAGGUCUUUGCUGUUUGCAAGUGUACAACUUUGCAAUAUAGUAGCACUAACAGAUAAGUUGUUCUUGGACAUACCAAUGUGAUUUAAGAGUUAUUUGCAUGAAUGAAUAAAA